UUUAUUCACUUAUAUAGGUCAAUGGUGUGAACAGAACAUGACAGCAAGCAGCCAGGCCAGCGCCUAGCGCCAUGCCCAAACAUGGAAAUUGCAGCGCAGGCACAUAUAAACAACCAUCUUAUAUUCCCCUUUCUUAUCCAUCCUCAUUCUCUCUCUCUCUCACUUCGUCGUCAAAACACAAACACUAUUUUCAUGCAGACAUGACGACCGUCACCAUUACCAAACUACCCCUCCUCCUCAAGCCCUUCUUCCUUUCUCUCUUCCUCUCCCUAUUCUUCCUUCUCCUCUUCGCCUUUUCGCAAACGCCCCAUCACCGGAAUCCCACCCUUCAAUCAACUUCAACACAGCACUCCAAAAACGCCUCCCACGACCUCCGUAUCCGACCCGGUUACUCAUCCUACGAUGCGUACAUCCAGCGUCAGUUAAACAAAACUCUCAACCCCAAGCUCCGGAAGAUCUGGACCACCCGUGACUGGGACCGCAAGGUUAGCGUCUUCGCCAAUUUCUUCCAAAGCUUAAAACAAAGAAACCUCCUUUCCAACAAUUCAAAAGCGUUGUCCAUCGGCGCGCGUGUCGGCCAAGAAGUGGCGGCACUUAAGCAGGUGGGCGUCUCCGACGCGGUGGGUAUAGACUUGGUGCCGUAUCCGCCGCUUGUUGUUAAAGGAGACUUCCACGCCCAGCCUUUUGAGAAUGAGACUUUUGACUUUGAGUUCUCCAAUGUGUUUGAUCACGCUCUGUAUCCGUGGAAAUUUGUUGGGGAGAUCGAACGGACCUUGAAGCCCGGCGGGAUUUGUGUUCUGCACGUGGCGAUUUCACGGCGAGCUGACAAGUAUUCGGCUAAUGAUCUGUAUAGUGUGAAGCCAUUAGUUGAAUUGUUCAAGGGGUCUGAAUUGGUUGAAGUUAGGAAGGAUGUUGAUGGCUUUGGCCUUGACACAGAAGUAGUUUUUAGAAAAAAACACAAAAAUUAACCAUUUUUUAUUAUUAUCCCUAUUCUUUAUUUUGUUUUUCAUUCAUUCAUAUAUAUAUAUAUAUAUAUUAUAAAUGAUUUCAUGUCUACCCAGAUUCAAAUUUCCAAUUAUCUGAUACAUGUUUGAUGUAAUCAAGUUAAAGAAUUGAUUAUAAAAUGUCAUAACAGUGUUCA